AAAAAAGAAUUCAUAAUGGCUGUUCACAAAGUUAGUUUCCUCGCUCACCUACUUGUUCUUGGAAUGUUUCUAGUUGUAAGCAUGGUGGAACAUGCCAAAGGUUGUACAAAAGAAUGCGGUAAUCUUGUCUAUAGGAUAUGCCCACGUUCAGAAGGAAGUCCGGAAAAUCCCAUAUGCACCAAUUGUUGCUCAGGCUAUAAGGGUUGCAACUAUUACAAUGCUAACGGAACUUUUAUUUGUGAAGGAAAAUCUGACCCUAAAAACCCAAAUUCUUGUCCCAGGAAUUGUGAUCCACAAAUUGCUUAUUCAAAAUGUCCCCGUUCAGAAGGAAAGACGAUAAUUUAUCCCACAGGAUGCACCACUUGUUGCACGGGGUACAAGGGUUGCUACUAUUUCGGUCAAGAUGGCGAGUUUGUCUGUGAAGGAGAGAGUACUGAACCCAAGGCUUGUACUCUGGAAUGUGACCAUAGAGUUGCAUACAUGACUUGCCCAUCUUCUGGAUUGGCCAAGCUUAAUCAAGUUUGCGUCAACUGUUGCACUUCAGGAGAGGGUUGCAAUCUUUAUGGUCAUGAUGGAUCUUUACUUUGUACCGGGGAGCCUCAAAGCUAUAAUUCCGCAGCAUAAGGCCCCUG